AAGAUUAAUCUUAUUAAUUUUUAGUUGUUAAAACAUACUGAUUUUAAUAUUUAACUAUAAUCUAAAAAUUAGUUUAAACUUAUGCUUCCAGAUCUGAUUAAUAGAGUUUAUACUACAAAACCAAAAAAAAGAGAUGAAAUCACAUAUCCUACUACAAGGGUAGAUUUAGAAGGGGAGUUAAAGGCGCAAUCGUUUAUAACAAGGAGAUAACCUUCUGCAUAAAUAAAUUUCUAAAGAAAUAUCCAAACAAGCUAACCAGCUGCACGUUUUUAUGAUAAGAAAGCUAUAUAGUCAAGGAUAGAAGCAAGACUGAUGAAAGGGAUGGGAAAUGAUCCUUUUAAUAAUGGAAAUUAAGAAAUGAAUUACUAAAAAGUUAACUAGUUGAUGCAAAAUUAACAUAUAAAUAUGAAAGUUGUAACUGAUAACAUAUCAAGGAAUAUUUUGGUGUACACUCCUAAAAUUGAUGGAAGAGAAAAAUUCAAAACAAAUUCUUAUCCAGAAUCCUUAAAAAUUAUCGAUCAAAAAAUUUAAAAAUAUAAAAAAGCUUUAGAAGAAGCUAUUAAGUAGUAAUAGCAGAUUGAGAAAGAUGAUUUUUAUAUUUAAGAAACCAUGGAAUAAUAAUAGUAGCCAGUCGUUGAUGAAGAAAAUUUUGAUUUCUUGACUGGGAUUGGGUUACACAAAAAUUUAGAUUCGCCUAAACAGGAAAAAUAAGAAGAAGAGGAAUAAGAGGUAAUACAAGAUCAAGAGGAGGAAAAGAAAUAAGAAUUUGUCUAAGAACCUAAAUAAGAAGCAUAGAUUCUCAAUCCUUAUCAAUAUUAAUUUGAAUAAGUUAGAAAUGCAUUUAGUUAAAUAUAUGAAAAAUAUUAAAAUAAAAUAAGCAAAGCUUUCAUAAAAAAAGAUUAACCUAAAGCAAGGAUGAAAAGAAAAAACCCAAAGAUUAACAUUACAGGAAAAGGAAAUAAGGUGCAAAAGAAUGGCGCUCCUUUCGAUGAAGUUGAGCACCUCAUGAGAAUAUAUAAUAAGGAACACAUACCUUGUGAACCUAAAAUAUUGGUUCCUUCUUUCCAGUCAAAAAAAGAUAAUAUUGCAAACACAGUUUUGGCAUAUUUGAAAGACUAUAAGCCUUUGCUUUCAGGGAAUAAGUAAAAUAUUCCUAAAAGUAUUCAAGGACUGCUUGAUGUAGAGUUGGAAAUGCUUAAAACAGUCGAAAAAGAAGGGGCAGCCUCGUUAUAAAAAUAAAAUCCGUAUGAUGGGCUAGGAGGAGGUUUAACUAAAUCUACAGUUUCUAAUUAACUAAAAUAAUCAUAAUAUGAAUAAAAACUUUAAAAUAUUAAUACUCAAUAAACUAUUUCAAAGAAUAGCUUAGAAAUUAAUUAAAUAAAAAAUGUAUCAAGAAUAAACACAAAUGAGUUCAAAAAAGAUUAUAGUCAGCACAUACCUGUUCAGUAAUCUUAGUAUGUCUUUCCAUCAACUUUAUAAAAUAAUUCUAAGCAGUGA